CCCCUCAACUCCCUCGAUCCAAAUAGAGGCUAGUUCCUUCCUACAGUCAUUUCAUCCCCUCCGACGGAGAAUAUCGACUUCGAUCAGGAUUAGACGGAUCAGGGUCAGUUGGAGAGGAGAUGGGUCCGACGAAGACUGUCCGCACGAUUUCACAGGAGGCAUUCGACGAGGUGGUGAGAGAGAACAUAGAGGAGCUUGGAAUGGAUCCCACCGAAGCCCUCCAAGACGCCAUCGAUACCCUAACUCUCCAGGGCGUCGAUCUCUCCGGAAUAGUGAAGUGUGUUCCAGGGGAGGGUGGCAUGAAGGAGAAUCCAGCCAUACAGUGUUUGGAUAGACUAAAGCAGCUAAAUGACUCCAAUGAUAGAUUCUGCAAUGAAGAUUUGGAUGAGAUGCAGAGGUUGUUUGAUAGGCUAAUGGAAUUGUGUGGCACUAAGGAAUCUGAAAAUGCUGCAAUUGUUACUAAAAAUGGAGGUGUGGAAUUGGUUUGUUCAAUUUGUGCUAAGAUUCCAAGUGGGAACCAAGUUAUUGUUUCAUGUUUGAGAACAAUGGCAUUGUUGCUCAAUGACAUUCAGAGUACAGAGCGAUUUCGAGCCAGUGAUGGACCAUCAGUUGUAGUUCACAUUCUCAGUGAUGGAUGUAAAAAUCUGGAGAUAUUGAACAAUGGUUUUGCUGUUGUAGCUGUGGCUUCGACUGGAAAUGAAGUGGUUAAGCAAUCAUUCAUGGAGUUGAAAGUUGAUGAGCUUAUUCUUCAAGUUCUCAGUGAACAAGAGAAAGGAAACAUUCAAAGUUUAUACGAUGCCAUACGGGUUUUGUUAACAUCUGAUGAUAAUCGUGUUGUGGCUUCCCAGGUUUAUGGUUAUGCUCGAAGAUUUGCAAAAAUUGGUAUUGCAAGAGCUCUUGUAGAUUCACUGCGUGCAGGGCUUAGCUCUCCUGGACUAGUUUCAGCAAGCAUCGCACUGAAGGCUGUUGCUGUGAAUGAUGAAAUAUGCAAAUCCAUUGCUGAUGGAGGUGGUAUUGGUGUACUUCUGAAGUGUCUUGAUGAUGGCUGUGAGCAAGACAACAAAACUGUUGUUAGAACUUGCUGUUCUUUGUUGUCAAAGUUGGCUGGAAGUGAUUCGAAUAAGAGUGCUAUUAUUGAGAAAGGGGGUAUGGAAAGGCUAAUCAAACUCUCAACAAGGUUUUCUGAUGACCCUUCUGUUCUGCAAGAGGUCAUGUCUCUUAUUUCUGUACUCUGCUUGAGAUCACCGGAGAAUGCAGCUUGUGCCAUUGAAGCAGGGGCAGGGGACCUUGCCAUCCAAGCCAUGGAGAGGUUUCCUGCUGCUCAACAGAUGCAGAGAAAUUCCUGUCUUAUGAUUCGGAACCUUGUUGUGAGAAACCCGGAAAACAGAACUCUUCUACUCAAUAAUGGCAUUGACAAGUUUAUAAGAAAGGCAAAGGAGAGUCAUCAAAGCUGCAAGGAUGCUGCUACGGACGCGCUGAGAGAUUUGGGCCUUGAUGACUAUAACUCAUAGUUCACAUCCAGCACUGCAAGUUAGCAAUCAUGUCAUUGUGCUCCUGUUCAAUUUUGUUUUGACAUUCUCUUUCAACUUUGGUUUUGUAUUGAGUUUCCUAUGCUGUGCAAUAGUUCUAUUGAGGUUAGUAUGCUGUGUAAUAUCGGAGAAAACUCAUUCAGAAUAGCUCUGUUAAGCAUCAUGAGUUUUUUUACUACAAGAUGAAAUUAGGUAUUCUUCUGCUAUUUCUUGAUCCAAAUUUUAGUUUAAAUAAUCUUUUUCGUUAGUAUAAAUGCUAGAUUUAAUU